AUGAUAUCGACCACCCUCAUGACUUUUUUACUAAUCACCAAGCCCGAGGUCCGCUCGGUCAAAUUGCUUGGAUCAUGGGACAACUUUUCAAGAAAAUAUGCCAUGGAAAGAGAUAGUCGAGUUGGGCCAGGUCACUGGAGGGGAUGUCACACUUUCACCGACAUGAUCGGGGAUGGGCCCGACAAGACUGAAUGGCGAACAGGAGGGUUGAAGAUGGGUGGCACUUACUGGUACUACUAUUUGCUGGAUGACGAUAUUGAGUACUUCAACGAGGCAGAGGCAAUCACUACCAUGUGCCCUCUGCUCCCAGGGCAGCCUGUGAAUAUUUUGAAUGUUCCUAUCAUUUUGCCUGAUAGUCGGACGCACACGCGCUCAGCGAGUGGUGGCUCCCAGACAUCAGAGCACCUGCGAACCAUGAACCCAGAAGACAAGUUCAUGAACCCGCGCAAACCACCACCCCAGCCCCAACCCCAACAUGUGCGACUUCAGACCUCUGCAUCGGUCCGCCGCAUUCCGAGCCCAGGGCAGUCUUCCAGCAAAUCUCCAAUAAGUGGAAUCCACAGAAGUGCAUCUCAGCCGUACAGUGCGACUCGCAAGGGGCAUAAGAAAGAUUCACGCUCGAUGUCUCCCCCGAGAGCCCGGGCUCUUAUGGCUGCUCUGAGACAGCCAACAGAGGCGGACAGAAAGCUCGAAGCAACCUGGGCGAAUAGUCUAAGGGCUUCGCCGCAGCAAGGAGAGUCUAGCGAGAAGCGCCGCGAUGUUCCUGGGAUCAAGGUCAACGCUGGAAUUGCCAUUCCAUCCUCCGCCGCCUCUCCCAACAAGCCCGGACCCGCCAUCGGUCCCUCCACGAUUCAAAGUCGCCGCGCCAUGAAAGGCGCGGCUGGAGACACAGCGCCAGGGCGCCUUCUCACCGUGCAGACUCGGCCUGAGCCCCGCCAACCCGGCCCUUCUCGAGGCCCAGGACCUCUCAAGAAUGCGGCAUUGGAUGAAACCCCUGCCAUGCGGGAGGCGCUCAAGGACAUCGCAAGCAACAGUGACUUGCCUACGCCCACGGCCGCAUUCACCAGAGAGAACAAGAAGGAGAAGAGGCUUCCGACCCUCCCCAAUACCCCAUCCUCGGUCAUGGAUGAGGCAGUUCGUGCCAUUGACGAAAGAGACAAAGCAAUGGAUGGCGAGGUCCCACGCAGUUAUUUCUCCAGCAUGACCGUCUCAACGGAAGAAGAUUCUACCCAUUCCCGCUUCAUACCCGAGCGAAGCCGUUUCUCCGAAUGGAGCACUGACACUGAAACGGAGUAUAACCCCCGUGAAUCGACAACGUCAACCUCGACUUUCAACCACCAUGACGACGAAUCGUCUGACGAACGCUGGAAAACACCAGACUUAUCGCAGUCCGGCGAUGGCGCAACAAACACCGACCCCAACACCCCCCACCUAACCGUCUACUCCAAGCCCUCUUCUCCCAAUUCCGCCUCAGCAGACAUUUCCCCAUGGAACGUCUCCCUUCCGGAACUCACCGUCUCUCUCUCCACCCCAGGCAUCGACACCGGACUCGGCAUCGAAGGCAUGGACGAAGUAGAAAGCAACCCUAAGCGCCAUGCGGCUCUAUUCAGCGCCCUCGAGUCCAUGGAAAACCUUUCGAUGUCACACAGCCCCGUCGACUCGCCCGUGAUGAUCCCCCAUAUCCCCAAGGACAUCGGUACCCCUCGUAAGCUGUCCGAGACAGAGCGGAAGGUGAGCGAGGCUUCCCUUGAGCGCAUCCGCUCUCGUCGCAGCAAUGCCUCCUUCCAGCACAAUGCUACUAUGCAGGAGAUGAUGGAUGAACUCAGUUAUCUGAAGAAUAUGAUUCAGUCUGAGAUGGAUGGAACUCCAUUCUGA